UGCACUCGCAGAGGUAAGUUUCUCGAAUACUUCAACGACAUGACCAGACGAAAUCAGUGCAAGCUUCAAGACCAAAACGAAAGGCAGACGGGUAUGAAGUUCGGUAUGGCUUUGGCAUUACUGGUGUUGGCCCUUGUACCGUUUGUUGACGGCGGUGGCAGUUCGUCUACACCGGAACCUCUCGAUCCACGAGAAGAACAGGAAAGGUUGUGCAAUAGUGCUGGAAUCUGCACCAGCAAUAGACAAGUAAUGAUAUGUUUGUUCGAAGGAGAGAGCACUAAGCUCGGGCCUACAAUGUGUGGUGCCAGUGUUGGUCUGCUGGGGCUGAGAUUCUCAGAGUAG